ACUGAGAAAUCAAAAUGGCGUCGCGUGCACGGUGCCGAUGAUUUUCAUUAGAAUGUUCGUUAUUAUUUUUUGUGCACGAUACAAUUAAAACGGGAGCAAUGUUCCCUGUUUAGACUGUGCGAGACUCGACGGAAUCUCGUGUAAAGUGUCGUAGAGCAAUAUCAUUCGCGUGGCGCUCCGAUUUUCGGUGUAACUCGCGCGACAACGAUCGUGCGAGACAACCAAGGGGGAAAAAGUACUGUUUUGCGUAUGGCUUUCAAACUGCACGAACAGUUUCGCUUCGCCGAUAACCUUGUUCUUGGUGGUGAACGUCACUGACAUGGCGAACAACGCGUGUUUCAUUUUCGUGGAUCGUGAAACUACGGUGAACUAUGUGCUUUGACGUACACGGGUGAGAUCCAGUUUCGUUCAAAGACUUGCAAAGGUGUGGAAACGACGUGUUUGUUAGCCACCAUGGCGGUGAAUCCGCAUGAUAUGGACGGUUUUAUGCCGCUCCUGUCAACAACGGACAUCAAGAAAAAGUUAAACGUUGGUACUUUACUGUUGAAUUAUUUGGGAGAUGCGACGAAGAGUAUCGAGUGUCAAGACAUCGGACAGUUUAUCGACAACAUCAUACCAUGGUUAAGCAACGGCAACCCUAAGGUCGUUCAGAAUGGUUUAGAAAUCCUCACGUUUCUCGCAGAUCGAAUGGGUCACGACUUCAAGCCUUAUAUUUCCACUAUUAUUCAACCAACAAUAGAUCGACUAGGUGACAGUAAAGAUGCGACACGGGAAAAGGCGCAGCUAGUACUUCUUAAAAUAAUGGAGAAAGGAUGUAUGUCUCCUCAACAACUUUUGGACAGACUACGACCAGCUUUUAAUCACAAGAAUGCCAAAUUACGAGAAGAAGCUCUAAUUCUACUAACUACGACGUUGAAUGAACACGGAGCUGAUGAAAUGAUAUUGUCAGGAGUGAUUCCAAGUAUCGUGAAGUUGUUGUCGGAUCCAUCUGAAAAAGUCCGAGAGACUGCUUUAAACACAUUAGCGGAUAUCUACAGACACGUUGGUGAAAGAUUGCGCGUGGAUUUACAGAGAAAGCACAAUGUACCGCAAGCUAAAUUACUGCUGUUAAUAGAGAAAUUCGAUCAGCUGAAAGCUGCUGGCGACCUGCUGCCUCUGGCAAUGUCUUCGGACGUUGGGAAGACCACGGAUGAAACAGAUAGAGCUAUUAAAUCGGCUCCUAUGAAAAGGUCAGCUGCUACACCAAAAAGAGGACAAUUCGGACCAGCAAAAGCCCCAGCUUCAGCUCUAGCUCAGCCUGGUAAUACACAUUCCAUGGUUCCAAGGGCUACAACCGUCAAAAGAAACGUGUCAGUAAAAUCGACGUCAGGUCAAGCUGGUGCCGUCGACGAGGAAACUUUUCUUACAGCGUUCGAAGAUGUGCCAUCCGUAAAUCUGUUUUCCGCAAAAGAUCUGGAAGAGCAGAUGAAAAUUAUAAAAGAUAACGUUGGUGACGAUAAGAAAGAUUGGAAGCAAAGGACAGAAAGUAUGAAAAAAUUAAGAGCAAUCAUUAUCGCGGGUGGUACGAAUUAUGAAAACUUUUUAGAAAACUUGAAAAGCGUGCAAAGAUCAUUCGAAGUGGCUUGCACAGAUCUUAGAUCGCAAGUGGUAAGAGAGGCGUGUAUUACUUUAGCGUUUCUUAGUCAACAGUUAAAAAAUAAAUUCGCUACUUUUGGAGAAGCAGUCUUACUCACCUUAAUGAACCUCAUACAAAAUAGUGCCAAGGUUGUGGCAACAGCUGGUGCCGUAGCAGUGAGGUUUAUUCUUCAGAAUACGCAUUGCGGUCGUUUCGUGCCAAUUAUCACGUCGUGUUUAAGUCACAAGAGUAAAGACAUACGUCGUGCAUCAUGUGAAUAUCUAAAUCUAAUUUUACAAAUAUGGCCUACUCAAAUAUUACAAAAACACGUGACGAUAUUACAAGAUACGAUCAAGAAAGGUAUCGCUGACUCGGAUUCGGAAGCAAGAGCUUUUGCUAGGAAAUCAUAUUGGGCAUUCAAAGAUCAUUUUCCGGAACAAGCAGAAGCAUUGCUCAACAGUCUCGAUACUGCAUAUAAACGUUCGUUGAUGUCUCUUAGUAAUAGCGGUAGCAUUAACAGUUUAAAUGUAGUUACGAGAUCGGCAAGCGUUAGCCCUCGAACAUCCAGACCAGUAAUAAGUGCUACAGGUAGUACGGAAAAUUUGCAUCAGACUUCAGGUCAACCCCAUGGCCCGCUCAGACGAACUCCGUCCUUGCCACGGUCUUAUCGUCAAUCUGGUAUUCCAGUUCUCCAAAGACCCACUGAUAGUCAUUAUCGUGGAACUCCUGGCGUUAGGUCUACCAGUGCAAUAGAUUUACAAGCUGCACAAAGAGCUAAAGCGAGAAUGAUGUACGCGAAUAUGAGCCGACAAAAAGCAUCUCUCCCUCGACCUAACAAAUCACCAGACACAACGGCCAUUGCAAGUCCAGAAAGAACCGCAAGAACAAGAACAAGAGUAUCUGGAGUAUCGCAAUCUCAACCUAGCAGUAGAUCAGGAUCGCCAUCGUCAAGACUGAGUUAUGCAACAUAUAAUCGUGAAGGAGAAUCAUUAAUUGCAAGACCUAGGCGGUUAUCUGGACAUGGAAUCAGAAGUACUGGUAAUAGUCGUGAACCAAGCCCGCAAAGGUUUGGAAUGGAUAGAAGUUUUGCAAGCAAAAUACGGGGAAGAAGUUUACAUAUGUCUCCAACGGACAGGCCACAAUCUAGACCAGUUAUGGCACAGAAAAUGUUGCAACAGUCGCGCGAAGCGGAAUCAGCGUUGGCGGAUGCACUUACGUUUGAUAGCAUUGAUAGUUAUACAAGAACACCAAGAGGAAAGGGUGAUCACAGUGAUGAUAGUGAAACUAGCAGCAUAUGCUCUGAACGAAGUAUGGACAGCUUUAGGCGACCAAAUGAUUCGUUCUCAUGGAGUGGCUCUCAACAGAGACUGUAUCGUGAUAUGUGGGAUCAAUCUAUCCCAAAGGAUAUUAAGGAAAUCAUAGAAAAUUGUGCACAUAAACAUUGGGGUGAUAGGAAAGAAGGUUUAGUCGGAUUGCAACAUUUUCUUUCAAAUGGAAAUACGCUUACAGCUACGGAAUUGCGCAAAGUAACGGACAUUUUUACGAAAAUGUUUAUGGAUUCUCACACAAAAGUAUUCAGUUUAUUUUUGGAUACACUGAAUGAAUUAGUAGCUACUCAUAGUGAAGAUCUUGGUGAUUGGCUUUACGUAUUAUGUGCGAGAUUAUUAAAUAAAUUAGGGACUGACUUACUUGGAUCGAUACAAGCGAAAAUUCACAAAACGCUUGAGGUUGUUAGAGAAUGCUUCCCAGGAGAACAACUUUUACCUGCCGUAAUGAGGUAUUUGACGGAUCCAACACAAACACCAAAUUCUCGCGUCAAAAUAGCCACACUUACGUUUAUUACACAAAUAGCAGAAACAGCAGAACCGUCUGCGCUUAAUAAUUCUGCAGGAACAGCGCUGGCAAGGUUACUUGAUUGGUCAAAGGAUGUUAAAAGCCAAGAUGUUAGAAGGCAUGCACAAAGCGCUGUUAUAUCGUUGUAUAAUUUAAAUCCUCCGAAAGUGACUAUGAUAUUAGCUGAAUUACCGAAAUAUUAUCAGGAGACAGCACUGCCGCUAGUGCAAAAUCAUUUAAGAAAAUCGUCAGGUUCAAGUAAUCCCGCAUCUCCUGGAACUCCGCCGCCUAGAGCGCAGAGUUCACCAGCUCGUUCAAAAGGUAAAGGUGAUAUUGACAAUGCGGAUGAAAACUUGGAAGAAGUUUAUAAUGCUUCCCACAGAUCUUUAAGACGUACGACAGCAGAGAUACAAAAUUAUGGUUUCGAACGUUUGGAAAGAGCAACUACUAGUAAAGACAGUGGAAUUAGUAAUAUGGCUGAUGUAGAAGAAAAAAUGGAGGGACUUACAUUAUGUAACUCGGGUCGUUCGUCUUCUGUUUCUUCACCUACUCAAAGAGGACGAAGUGUGACUAAUAUUACAGUUAAUGGUUCAAGUGAUACGAUCGCGGGAGAUCUUAUCUUACCUCAAGAAAAUAAUGGUUAUAAAACACAUGGUUCAUCACCUGAUUCGAUAAAGAGGCCAGAAAUAUUAGAUAAUAUGAUUAAAACGUUGCAAUCCAAAAUGACACAAACUGAAGAAAAAGUAACAUCUCUACAAGAAUUUCAAUUGUAUGUUCGCGAAGGAGAUGCCUUGUAUAUUAAGCAAAAUUUUAAAAAACUGCUCAAAACGUUAUUAGAUAGUUUGACUAACGAUAGCAAAAGAAUGCAAGUAGAAGUGCUUCAAACUUUAAUUGAUAUGCUUAAAUGUCAAGAACUUGUAGACAGUUUCUCUGUCUAUCCUGAAUUGCUGGUUUUAAAAGUAAUUAACGCAUAUAAGUUAGACGAUCAGAAACAAGAUUCUUCCGGUAGCAGUAAUUCAAGAUCCCCGGUUCUUUGGAUGGCGGAAAAAUGUGCUGCAACAAUUGCGAUGGUUUUGAAACCAGAACAAGUAAUUCACUUAGUAUCGACUAUAAUAACUACCGAACCAUACCCGUUGAAUAUGGGCGCGAUAAAAAUGCUUCAUAAGGUUGUAGAGCAUUGGGGUCGUGAUGCAAUAGAACCCCAUUUAACGAAAGUCAUGCCUGGUCUCAUCAAAGCGUACGAUGAUAAUGAAAGUGCAGUACGUAAAAGUGCCGUGUUUUGUAUGGUAGCAAUACAUUUGGCAGUUGGUGAAGAACUAUUGAAACCACAUCUCAGCUGUUUAUAUACCAGCAAACUGAAACUUUUAAAUAUUUACAUACAACGUGCACAACAAGCAAACAGUCAACCAGCAAGCCCACGUAGUAAUAACAAAAAUUAACUAACAUCAAACUCCGCGACACUUAGAAUCGCGAUACUUAAGAGAUUCACUCGUUUGAGUGCAAGGCACGAACGUAUGCUGGUUGACUUCCUGAGUAAGUCCAAUCCGUGACGAUUACGAUCAAACAAUAAAACAAUACAAGUCGAUGUUCUUCAAUACGAUAGACUGAUCUGUACGAUUUCACGGCAAAAAAAAUGUGUACGAUAUACCUGAACUCCUAACAGUGAUGUUGCAUCAAAACAGGUAAUAUACAAGUUAUUUACGUAUAUUGUUUUGUUUGCCAAAAAUUUAUACCUGUUGCAAAGAGAGAAUCGUUUUAGAUGUAAGAUUUCUCCAGUCAUAAUACAUGUAUUAAUACGUUACAUCUUGAUGUUAAGUUGCAGCGUUGUUUCAUGUGGUAAAGAAGAGAAAGCUUUAAAAAAUUCUUCAUAUCUUAUAAAGCUUGAAAAAAAUA